AUGGGUGCCCUCAAGUACGUGGAAGAGAUCCAGAAGAAGAAGCAGUCCGACGUGAUUCGCUUCCUGCUGCGUGUCCGUUGCUGGGAGCUCCGUCAGCUGAACGCUAUCCACCGUGCUUCCCGCCCCUCUCGCCCCGACAAGGCUCGUCGUCUCGGCUACAAGGCCAAGCAGGGCUAUGUUGUCUACCGUAUCCGUGUGAGACGCGGUGGCCGUAAGAGGCCCGCCCCUAAGGGUGCCACCUACGGCAAGCCCACCAACAUGGGUAUCAACCAGCUCAAGUACCAGCGCGCUCUCCGUGCCACCGCUGAGGAGCGUGUCGGCCGCCGCUGUGCCAACCUGCGUGUCCUGAACUCCUACUGGAUCAACCAGGACUCCACCUACAAGUACUUCGAGGUUAUCCUCGUCGACCCCCAGCACAAGGCCAUCCGCCGCGAUGCCCGCAUCAACUGGAUCUGCAACGCUGUGCACAAGCACCGCGAGUCCCGUGGUCUCACCGCCACUGGCAAGAAGUCCCGUGGUAUCAACAAGGGCCACCGCUACAACAACACCCGCUCUGGCCGCCGCCACACCUGGAAGCGCCAGAACACCCAGAGCUACUGGCGUUACCGUUAAAUGUAGAUGGGGUGUUGAAGGGGGUUGUUGGUUAUGGGAAAAAUUUGAUCUUGUGGAUGUCUCUAUUUCGAUCAAAACUCGCAUCUACAGGUCCAUCCCUGAACUGCUGGGGUGCGAGCAUAAUGCAACAGAUCUUCUGGAUCGGAUGUUAGCCAAAAUACCUUUUUUAUUUUCUUGGUUCAACUGUAUUGUUCACCUAACGAAGUAUGACGACCUAUUUUGCCUUUUC